GGGGGGGGGGGGGGGGGGGGGGGGGCACAAUGCGCUCUGCGGUCUAUCCAAUGUGUUCAGCAUGGCUGACCAUACUGUUAUUGGCGUUCCUGAUGACAAGACAAGACAACACGGGUUGGGGUUCCCCAACGUCAACGGCAUUAUGCGGUUCGAACUGGCUCUCGCCAAAAGCACAUGACGAAUUGCCGUUCGUGUCCAAUUGACCGGGGGCGAGUGGAAGCAGUUGCACAUGCACGCAGUUUUUGCUCACGGGAGAGAGAGAGAUACGCAAGCAGGCAGGCAGACAGACAGUGGGUUGUUCCACGGCAGAUACUGGAUAGAGUGCUGCUGCUGCUGGAAGGAAUGGAGCUUGUGGAGCUUGUGGGCUUGUGGGCUUGUGGAGCUUGUGGAGCUUGGUCCGUGGGUAUCGACAAACGGAUGGAAAUACUAAUAGGCAGCAGCAGCAGCGGCAACAGCAGCAGAAGCAAGGUAGACUUUAUUUUGGACGUGACAAGCUCGGUGAUGGUGGUGGUGAUGGGGGGACCUGAGCUGCAUUGUGGGAGAUGGCUGGACGGUUACAGGCUCGUAGAAUACGAGACGGGAGUGUGGGUUGAGCGUGGGCUGCCACAGCCACAGCCUCGGACUCUGGUUGACGUUGGAUGGAUGGAUUGAUGACGAUGGCUAGCGGCGAUGGUGAUGGUGGUGAUGGUAGCCUUUUUGCCAUCGAGUUUGACAACCAUCCAGCUCGUACAUACAUAGACGUACACACAGACAGACAGCCAGAUACAAUAUAUUAAGAGUACUAUGGGCAUUAGGCCGAGGAG